AGCUGCUUCAAACCCCUUCUCUCUUCUUCUGCAGGAGCAGAGUUCAAGCAUGGUUUUUUCUCUGUAACAUCUCAAACUUCUUAAUCUCUUUCACCAUUUUCUCAAUGUGUUCUCACAGGGCUCUUUCGAGAUUCCUCACCUCUCUCCCUUUAAACAAUGAACAUCUUCAACUCGCUCAUAACAUAACCCAAAACCUUCUCAACUCCACCCAUUUCAAACCUCACUCUGCGAUCCCAUGCAUCGCACCUCACGUCACUUACUAUGUCCUCUCCGACCCAUCUCUUCCUCCUCGCUCAUGCUUAUCCUUCUUCAACUUCCUCACAGCACAAAACCCCCAAAAACCAGACCUCAAAGCUCACCUGAUCCUCCUCUAUAGGCUCUUUUCAGCCAAAAAAUUUGCAUCAAUGAGACCCCUUUUGGAUUCCCUUGUCACCAAUGUGGAAAUCAAACACCCUGUUCGUGGGUUUGUUUCUCUAGUUGAUGAAUGUGAAUCUCAAUUUGGAAGUGAAAGUGAAAGUGGGAGUGAAUCAAAUUUUGUGGAGAAACUAUGUGACAUGUUGUUCAGGGUGUGUGCUGAUAACAGGAUGUUUAGAGAGGCAAUUGAGGUGUUUGAUUAUGUAAUGGCAAAGGGGUUGGUGAUAGAGGGUAGGUCUUGCUUUGUGCUUUUGCUUGCUUUGAAGAGAUGUAAAGAGGUGGAGUUCUGUGUGAGGUUCUUUCAUCGGAUGGUGGAGUGUGGCCGCGUUGAUAUUGGGGUUCAGUCUUUGACUCUUGUGGUUGAUGUGUUGUGUAAAAGAGGAGAUAUCGAGAGGGGUAAGAAGUUGAUGAAGGAGAUGGCUGAGAGAGACAUUGUGAAGCCGACGGUUUUUACUUAUAAUACAUUGUUGAAUGCUUGUGUUGUGAGGAAGGAUAGAAAAGGGGUUGAGGAGAUACUGGGGUUUAUGGAGAGUGAGGGAGUGCUGCCUUGUUUGAUUACGUAUACUAUUUUGAUUGAGUGGUAUGCGAGUUCCGGGAGAAUUGGGGAGGCUGAGAAGGUGUUUGAGGAAAUGCGUGAGAGGAACAUGCAGAUGGAUGUUUAUGUCUACACGUCGAUGAUAAGUUGGAAUUGUAGGGCGGGAAAUGUUAGAAGGGCGUCGGCUUUGUUUGAUGAGAUGAUUUGGAAAGGCAUUGUUCCGAAUACUCAUACUUUCGGGGCGAUGAUUAGCGGAAUGUGCAAGGCGGGGCAAAUGGAAGCUGCAGAAAUCUUGUUGGAAGAGAUGCAGAUUAAGGGGGUUGAUCUGAAUGUGGUGAUAUUUAACAUGAUGAUGGAUGGUUAUUGUAAAAGAGGGAUGAUGGAUGAAGCUUUCAGGCUGCAAGUUAUCAUGGAAAGGAAAGGAUUUGAAGCUGAUGUGUUUACAUACAGCACUCUUGCUAGUGGGCUAUGUAAAUUGCAUAGGUAUGAAGAAGCCAAGAGGACCCUAAAUUUGAUGGUGGAGAAAGGAGUGGCUCCGAACGUUGUGACUUGCACUACUUUAAUUGAGAUAUAUUGUAAGGAAGGAAAUCUUGCAGAAGCUGAGAGGAUCUUAGGGAAUAUGGAUAAAGAGGGAAUGGUGCCUAAUAUUGUUACAUAUAAUACUCUAAUAGAUGCAUAUAGCAAGAAAGAAAAAAUAAAGCAAGCUCAUGUGUUGAAAUCUGAAAUGAUAGGGAAGGGAAUAGUGCCAGAUGUAUUUACAUACACAUCACUGAUACAUGGGGAAUGUAUAGUUAACAGGGUAGACGAGGCUCUGAAGCUUUUCAGUGAAAUGUUGGUAAAGGGCAUAAAAGGAAGCGUAAAGACAUAUACAGCAAUUAUUUAUGGUUUAUCCAAGGAAGGGAGAGCAGAUGAAGCUUUUGAGUUUUAUGAUGAGAUGAUGAGAAUGGGUCUAGCACCUGAUGAUAGAGUUUUUGCUGCACUUGUUGGUAGUCUGCAUAAAGUCAGUUUUCCCGCGAAACAAAAUGAGUGGUGCACGGAAAAUAGACUCUCCUGAUGCCUCGAGCUGGCAAACUCUAGUUUGUCAAUUUCACGUGUGGAGGUGGCUCAUACAUUAUGAUUUUGUUCUUGAAGCCCAAGCCAAACCCUGCAUGAAAGAAAAAACAUCUUCCACAACACAAUACCAAAUUAGAGCUUCUGGUACACUGUACAAAUAUUCUAGUGUUGGGUAAUACAUACAAACCUCCUUCCUUUAUCUGUUGAUGAUUAUACAUACCCUAUGUUGGUGAUUAGAAGUGGGAGUUGGUCAGAUCUGUUCAAAGUAGUAACCAGAGUGGUUCGUGAUGAAUUCCUUUCCUCUAAUAAACAAUCAGACGUUCGGCAGACUUUCAACUAAGUUAUCAUACACAGCUACACCCGAGUUAUAUUUGUCGACCAUUCCCGGAUCAUCUCCUAACUUAAACAAUCCUGAUGAAACAAUACAACUUGUGUUUGGAAAAUGAAACUCAUUUAAUGCAAGAAGAAUGUACAUCUUACAAAAAUCCUCUGCAUCUGUUCAACAAAGUUCAUAAACUUUGUGAACAAUAUCAUCUAACCAACCAACAGCUUAAUUGUGAAUGAAAUUGAAUGUAGUUGCUGUCAAGUGAGAUGUUCUUGUGAAGUACGUGGCUGCCAAAAUUGGAUGAAAUGAGAUGGUGCAGCUGCUGUGGAGAGAUACCAUGCUGAAAUUAAAGUGCUGCUGUGAACCUGACUUGUUGCUGCCACACUGGAUUUAAAGCAUGAGCUCCAUGUUAGAGCUGAACUGGAUGUUGACUUGGACAAUUGGCAGCUGGCGUGUGAGGAUCUCUAAUAGACACAAGCCGACUCAGAAUUAAAAGACAACUGGAAAGAACUGUGAGAAGGAGCUGGAACGUGACAAUGGAAUACACCAAAGCCUGAUGCACUUACCAUAAGUGUCUUAGACCGUUAAUUAGGAAGUUACAUAUAUAGGCUAGAAUAAGAACUUAGAAAACACACUACGCUACAGAACUUUAGACACUUUUUUCAUUUCUGAAAUUUGACAGUUUUCAUAGGUUAGGGGUUUUUCUCUCUGGAGUUCUUCAUCUCCUAGACUACAAAGUGAGCAUGGAUGUGAAGGAUCUUUGGAGUAGCUGAACCUGUUUUCAAUUCCAGCUUUGACGUCUCUUAUAUUCUAUUUUCAAUUCAAUACAUUUUCACCGGUCAAUUUCAUCUCUUCUCUUCUUUUUCUAUGUUU